AUGGCAACUUUCCAAACACCAGAUCUCUUUCCAGGAGAACUAGUUUCUAAGCUGAAGCCAGAACGGCCAGCAGUCAAGAUACGAGAGUCGGCCGAUAUAUCAGAUGAAUCGUCGGAGACCUGUAUCGGCACGCGGCCUGAACAUGGGACAGCCUAUACCUCCUUUCGAAACCCUGGCGACAUCUCUCAUCAAGUCAUCAGUUCAUACUUCAUUGGUCCUCAAGCUGAAAAUUUAUCCUUUUUCGAAGAAAAUAUUCACACUAUCCUGGAAGAGCUUCGCUUAGCUCGCAAUAGAUACUUCCCUGAAGAUGGCAAAUUCAUCACCAAGGACAUCCAAAAGAGUGUUGCCUUCAAGAAUUCGAUGAAGAAACUGAGCAACGCGGUCCAGAAGGCGGCUAACAUUCUCGGUCGUACUUCAAUUCCCUUUUGGUCUCCGCGAUAUGAAGCUCAUAUGUGCACCGAUAUGAGCAUGGCAUCGUUGCUAGGAUACUUCAUGACUAUGAUUUACAAUCCUAACAAUGUCGCCCUCGAAGCCAGCCCUCUUUCUACUAUAGCCGAGAUCGAAGUUGGUGAGCAACUGUGUGAGCUCUUUGGCUACAACAUUGAUGAGGACAACCAAGACGCGCCACUUGGAUGGGGUCACGUCACUUGUGGCGGAACAGUGGCUAAUCUUGAGUCUAUUUGGGUCGCUCGCAACCUGAAGUACUAUCCUCUUUCCCUGCGGGAGGCGAUGGAAGAGGAUGGACCACUCAACUUCCUCAAGAACAGAUUCUAUAUGGAGACCUGCUCAGGGGAGCAAAAGCUGUUCUUCGAACUUGAGGAUUGGGAGCUAUUGAACUUGAAAGCGACAGAUAUCUUAGACAUCCCAGAUCGACUGUAUCAGGAGCACGGAAUCUCCAAUACUUAUCUUUCCGAGGUAAUGAAGAAGUAUACCAUACAGUCUACCGGCAAAGAUGUUCUCGAGCAGAAGUACACGAGAGAUAAGCCAGCACAGUAUAUGCUGGCGACUACAAGGCACUACAGCUGGCCAAAAGGUGCAGCUGUUGCUGGGAUUGGCUCUGACAAUGUGAUUGGUAUCCCGGUGGACAAUGGCGCUCGAGUGGAUCUGGGGGAACUAGAGAAAAAGCUCGAGCAGAAUCUCAAGAAAAAACAACCCGUUCUGGCUGUAGUUGCCAUUAUUGGCUCAACUGAAGAGGGCGCCGUUGACCCUCUGAGCUCAAUCCUGGCUCUGCGGAAACAAUUUCAGGCCAAGGGUCUUUCGUUCCUCGUCCAUGCUGACGCCGCAUGGGGAGGCUAUUUUUGCAGCAUGCUCCCCAGGGAUUAUCGUCCGGGAGAUGCCGUCCAUCUUCCAACCGAAGUUGGAGACACUGAUGGCUUCGUCCCCGAUGCAAGUCUUAGGGCAGAGACUCUCGAGGACCUGUAUGCUAUGAGGUUUGCUGAUUCCAUCACUGUCGACCCUCACAAAGCAGGAUACAUACCAUAUCCUGCAGGCGGUUUAUGCUACCGAGACGGGAGGAUGAGAUACUUGGUUACAUGGACUAGCCCGUACAUAUAUCGUGGUUCUGUGACAAGUAUCGGUAUCUAUGGUGUUGAGGGAAGCAAGCCUGGUGCCGCAGCGGUGUCCGCUUGGCUAUCGAACAAGACUAUUGGUCUCAACCAGGAAGGUUACGGAGCGUUAUUGUCAGAAGUCACUUGGACCUGCACGCGGCUUUCUGCGGAAUGGGCUGGUAUGACCGACUCAACAAGCCCUUUCAUCUGCGUGCCCUUCAACGAACUUCCGUCUGAACUUGCUAAAUGCUCCACUCCUGAAAGAGUCGAGGCUGAAAAGGCUCGUAUUCGCAGAGACAUCAUCAACAAGACCAACGCAAAGAUUACCGAGGAGGACCUUGAACGACCUCAGGACCAGAAGGCUAUGAAAUUGAUGCGUGAACUUGGCUCCGACCUCAACAUCAAUGCCUUUGCCGUCAACUUUCGCUAUUCCGACGGUCGACUGAACGAGGAUGUCGAAGAAGCCAACUAUCUUAUGAAGCGAGUCAUCGAAGCGCUCUCUGUUGACAGCCCCAACGAUGACCCUACCAAGAUCCCGCUGUAUUUGACUUCAACAGAGUUCUCUGAUGAGCUUUAUGGUAAUUGCAAGAAACACUUUGCCGAACGACUCGGUCUAGAAGACAGCACCCAAGACCUCAUGGUCCUGCGGAAUGUCGUUAUGUCACCCUUCCCGACCGACGGCAAUUUCAUCCACCGCUUGGCAAAGAUCUUUUACGACACCGUCGAAAAAGAGACCAAGAUUGUACGAGAACGGAACGAACUCAGCGAGGACCUUCACAGCUUCCUGAUCCAGGGUACUGAUCAGAUCUAUCUCAUUCACCUGCCCAUGUUCUAUGUCGCAAACCACCGCCAGCAGUUGAUUGUAUCUGUCGACUUUGACGAGAAAUCAAAGACAAAGUACAAAACCAUGAAGAAUGCCAAUCCAACUGAACCCAUGAUUCUUUUUACUCAGCGCAGUACUUAUCUACCAGAUAUCGUCAGCAAUAAUGGAACCUUCACUGCGAAGAUCACAACUAAAGCGUCUGGCACGAUCCUCAAGAACAUCAGUGUGACUGUGACCUCGACAGUCGUCAGUCGGCCUCUGAACUCCAAGUGGCGUCUUCCGUCUUACCCGCAGAGCUUUAUGCCCUUUUACCUCUACGGAACCCGUGAGUUACCAAAUGUCUCUCAGCCAACCCUGGCAAGAUCUGCGCUUACAGAAUGCCUCUCAACCGCAGCGUCCGAGGCCAACAUCGACCACGUCAUCGUGCGCGCCCCCAACACCCAGCUGUCGGCCGGCCGCUGCACACUCAACCUCGAGGGCGACUCCACCGCCGACAUGUGGACGAGGCCGCUGGUGCUGCUCCUGGACGACGUCUACGAGGAGUCCAUGCAGCCCUUCCCCCCGAACAGCGAGAUCGUCAGCAAGAACGGCGCCGUCAUCGCGCACCCGCACGCCGAGACGCCCCCCAGGCAUUCCAUGAACGGCAGCGCCAAGGGCGCCCUCCCCACGGGUGCCGCCAUCGUCACCUCUGAGACGCGUAGCGGUAAGCUGCGUAGCUCGGGCUUCUUCUUCCGUCCCGGUGCCAAGUUCAACGUCCAUGUGUAUGAGGACGGGAGCCGAGAUGAUGAAAGUGCAGCCUUCGCGAGCUUCAGGCUUGGUAAGGAGGUUGGCAAGGGCACCAUCGAGCUGGGUCCGAGCGUGUAUGUCGACAGUGAGGCGAUGAACUUUGAUCGGUUCAAGAAGGUUGAGAAGGUUACGGAGUGGAGGCGUGAGUUUGACCAGAUUGGUAAGGAGCUGGACUAG